GUCGCCGGGCUCACGCUGCUUCGUUAGAAGGACGGAGCGAAGCAAGGACCGCGCCUCAAGAGGCACCCAGAAUGGAAAAGAGAAAGAGUGGCCAGAUAACACCUCAGGAGCCACCUAGACCUAAGAGGGUAAGAGAGGACAUACCACAGGAAACCAGGGAAAGGCGCUCCAACCCCAACCAGCAGCCAACCGCAAGCCGUAAAUACGCAGAGGCUGUGAGCAGCAUUCGGAUGGCUGUGUUGCCCCGCAACUACCCGGCGGAGGCCCUAGGAUCCGAACAAUUGACGGCGCUCCAGGACUGCAUAGUGGACGCUCUGUCUGUCGGCAUAGGCUUCACCGGCGCCUUCAACGGCAUAUUCUUCAAGGGAGGAAUGCUGCUGGUUGACUGCCAAAAUGAAAAGUCGGCCACUUGGAUACAAGGGAUCGUACCAAGACUGGAGGGUUGGAGGGGUCCGGCCCUGUGUGUAAGAAGGGGAGACGAGAUCCCACAGCUACACAACAUGGUGGCGUUCUUCCCAAGAAGCGCAGAUAAAGGCUACGACAUCGCGCUCAAUCUGGUAAGGAACCAGAACGAAGGUUUAAGUACCUCGGCGUGGAAGGUCGUAGCGAGCAAAGUUGAGGGUUCCGGGUGGAACCUCAACAUAACGAUGGACGAUGAGUCAUACAAGUAUAUCCGGCAGAAGGGAUUCAGACUGAAUUUCCGCUUCGGCAAGAUCGUCGUGAGGCCAUGGAGGCCCAAGACCACGUCUACAAGCCAGGAAUCUCCGAAGGAGACGACCGCGGCACCAGCUCCACCCGUAGCCCGCCAAGCAGCGCAUGAAGCGACUGCCGCUGUGGUUUCGUGUGAGAGAGAGGAGCCCACCAACGACACAAUUUCGGAUGGGCAGGUUGCGACCUCCAAUGCAGAAGUGAACAGCAGCAACGAGGUCCCUAAGGAGCAGGAAGGCAGGUUGUUAUCCACCCAAGAGCUCCUGGAAGGGCUGGAGAUGCAGGUCGAUGGAGGGAUUGAGGACGAGGACCCGUCCCUCGUCGAACCUGUACUAUAAUCUCCAGUACCGGCAUAGAGGUGGCUCAGGUGAACCUCCAUCACGCAUCGGCAGCCUCGGCGGUCAUCGUGAAGAGGUUCAUCUCGGAUAACCUGGGCAUCAUCUUAAUCCAGGAACCUUGGGUGUUCAGAGGAGAGGUAAGAGGCCUCAACACAAGAAAGAGCAAGAGUUUCUAACGCAAGAUCUGGUGGCAGUACAGAUAAAGGACAAGGAAGGAUCGGACUUCGUCCUCGCAUCAGCAUAUUUUCCGGAAGAGACGGCCACGGCACCCCCCCCAUUGAUACUAAAACUAGUGGAGCACUGCAAGGCCAACAAUCUGCCCCUAACCAUAGGUUGCGAUGCCAAUGCGCACCACACGGAAUGGGGCAGCACGGACUGUAACGUGAGGGGUGAGUCACUUCUAGAAUUUAUACUUAGUAAUAAUAUUAACAUAGAGAAUGUAGGUUGUGAACCAACCUUCGUAACCAGCGUUCGGAAAGAGGUCCUAGACAUUACCCUGAGCAACGACAGCAUGAUCGGGCUGAUCUCGCAGUGGCGGGUUUCAAAGGAACCCUCACUGUCAGAUCACAUGAUCAUUCGCUUUGUUCUGAGGGUGACAAUCGGUGACCGACCUCCGACCCGUACCCCGAGAAAUACAAACUGGGGUCUCUUCAAAGAAAAUCUAAACAGGAACUUAAGUGCAGUGGAGCAGGCGGAUGGUAGGUCCACCACAGUUGGGCUGGAGAGUAGGCUAAACGCCAUAAACCAAUCCAUUAUGGACGCCUACCACUGUGCCUGUCCACUGAAAGCGAUCACCACUAAACAAAGCUGUCCCUGGUGGUCCAGUAAACUCUCCGCCCUUAGACUUAGGGUGCGCAAGCUGUUUAACAAAGCCAAGCGCACGGGCAGCUGGGAAGUAUAUAAGCGGCAGCUAACAAUCUACAAUAAGGAGAUUAGGCUUGCCAAGACAAACAGUUUCAGGAAAUUCUGUGAGAGCGUCUCCUCGACCCCGGAGGCAGCAAGACUGCACAAGGCGAUGUCGAAGGGUAAGACGGACACAGUGUUAUCCCUAAAAAGACAGGACGGGACCUAUACGACAAGCGCGGAGGAGAGGGCGGAAACACUCCUACAAACGCACUUCCCGGAGACAGUUCAAGUUGACCUAACCCCAGCUUCGGUCACGCGUAGGCCAGAUCGCUCAGACUGGCUGACUGCAAGGAAUCUGUUCACUGCAGACUCAGUCAGAUGGGCACUGGCCUCCUUUUCGAGCUACAAGUCACCGGGAGUGGACGGCGUCUUCCCGGCCCUUCUGCAGCAAGGUAUGGACAUUCUCCUACCGCACCUGCUAGGGCUGAUGAGAGACAGUCUGGCGAUGUCGUAUAUCCCCGAGCCAUGGAGAAUUGCUAGAGUAAUUUUCAUCCCCAAGAUAGGAAGAAGAGACUAUUCGGUAGCCAAAUCAUUCCGGCCCAUAAGUCUGACCUCCUUCUUUCUGAAGGGGAUGGAAAAGGUAAUUGACAACCACAUAAGAUCGAAGGUGCUGAAGGUCGCACCCCUGCAUGACAGACAACACGCGUACAGAGCGGGAAGAUCCACAAAUACUGCUCUGUACCAACUCACGUCUGAACUGCAGGAUUCACUAGUCAAUGGCGAGGUAGCGCUUUGCGCCUUCCUAGACAUUGAGGGUGCCUUUGAUAAUACAUCUCACACAAGCGUGAUCAAGGCACUCGAGAGAAGGAAUGUAACCCUCCCGAUACGCAGAUGGAUUGAAGCCCUUCUGCGCACUAGGGUAGCAGAAACAACAGUGGGAAAGUAAGAUUCGUCUUGGCACCACGAGGGGAUGCCCACAGGGCGGAGUACUAUCCCCUCUGCUAUGGAGCCUGAUAGUAGACGAGCUACUCGAGCUACUCACAAGCAAUGGAAUCCGCUGCCAAGGGUAUGCGGACGACAUCGUCAUAAUGGCGAGAGGCAGAUUUGUGAACACUCUCUGUGACAUUGUUCAAAGGGGUCUAAACUUGGCGAAAGGAUGGUGCACCACGGUAGGGCUAAACAUCAACCCAGCAAAGACCACCGUGAUCCCAUUCACAAAGCGGAGAUCUCUUCCGGGCCUGAGGUCCCUUACAAUCGGAGGCACAGAGGUGGAAAUGUCUAAAGAGGUCAAAUUCCUUGGCCUCACCUUAGACUCACAGCUAAGAUGGAGUAGGCAUUUGGACCUAACGCUAUCCAAGGCAACAAGAGCACUUAUGAUUUGUAGACGCCUGGCCGGCAGAUCAUGGGGAUGCAAGCCAAACAUCAUUAGAUGGCUGUAUACCAUGAUAGUAAGACCUAUCGUCACCUAUGGGGCGGUUAUAUGGGCCACCAAAGCGGCGCAGUCCUCGGUGAUAGGAAGACUGUCAAAGCUGCAAAGACUUGCAUGUGUCUGUGCUUCGGGGGCAAUGCGCACAUGCCCCACGGUGGCACUGGAAGUCUUACUAGAGCUCACACCGCUUCAUCAGGUGAUCAAGCUAGCAGCAAAGCACACCAUGCUGCUAAUGUCAGCAGAAGGCUAUGGAAGAGGGAAGAUCAUGACCUCUAAACAGAUGGACGCCCUAGCGGAAAGCACACCGCUGGCCCUCCUCCCACGAGAUGGCACAACAAAGAAAAUUAAUCUCGUAAAGAAAUUUAAAGUAACUCUAGGCAGCAAGAUGGAGUGGAAUGAUUCCACUCUGGAGAAGCUACUGGAAGACAGUACCAUUCAGUGGUACACUGAUGGCUCAAAAACACCGGAAGGUAUUGGGGCAGGUAUUGCGGGACAGCGUACUAAGCUGUCCAUACCUAUGGGCAGCUUCCCAAGUAUCUUCCAGGCUGAAGUUUUUGCCAUCAGUCAGUGCGCGGAAGUCAACCUCAGCCGCAACUAUCGCAACCAGCGCAUAGCUAUUCUCAGUGAUAGUCAAGCGGCACUAAAGGCGAUUCUGUCAUACGAGACAAAAUCGCUUUUAGUCGAGGAAUGUAUAGAAAGGCUAAACCGCCUGUCCCUGUGCAAUCGGGUACACCUAAUCUGGGUACCAGGGCACAAGGGAGUAGAAGGUAAUGAGAAGGCCGACGAGCUGGCCCGCACGGCAGCAGCAUCCAAGAUGUUGGGACCAGAGCCAUAUAUAGCGGUAGGACCCCACACUCUUAAGGAGCUGCUCCGCACGGAGGAAAGAGAGGAUAGAGAGCGGCACUGGCGGCAGGCAGCAGGUAUGCGCCACGCUAAGCUGCUCAUGGGAGGGUAUAACCUCUCCAGGUUUAAAGCAUUAAUUAACCUACCUCGUGAGAAAUUCCGUCUCCUCGUCGCAAUAUACACCGGCCACUGUAAACUCAGGAAGCACCUGUCCAACAUGGGUAUGGUCUCCGGUGCCAACUGCCGGUUCUGCGACCUGGAACAGGAGACACCAGCACACCUUAUCCAGGAUAGCACAGCAAUCUGUGGGAAAAGGCUUAAGGCCCUGGAUUCAGUGUAUAUCAGCAGGGAUCACAUAACCUCGCUUGAGCCCAGCAAACUCCUGGAACUGUUCAGGCUGCUUGGGCUCUGUGAGGUCAUGUGAUAUAGGAGAGGGCACAAUAGACCCUAGGUCGCGGUGCAUUACCUCAUUUAAUAAUUCUAAUUCUAAUUCUAAUGGCUUAAUUGGUGGUUGUCAAGUGUGCGGAAAAAAAUUAAAGGUUCGCUUCGUAUUAGUUCCAAUUUUAUCAAGCAUUUGAAAAAGGAACACCCACAAAAAUUUAGCGAGUUCAAGUCAAUCAAAGAUGAAAGAAGGCAGAGCGUAAGCCGCAAAAGCUCUUUUAACCAUGACAUUUUGGAUUUUAUUUGCAACACAACGUCUCCCUUGUCCACAGUCAGUAACCAAAGUUUUAAAAAACUAUUUCCUGGUAAAAGUCUUCCGAGCCGCCGUUCAAUUACCAGGUUACUUUUCGAGAGCCACACUAAAUAUGUUCAAAAUCUGGUCAUUGAGCUAAAUAACGUUGAAUACGUGUGCGUAACUGCAGAUGUAUGGUCAGGUGGAAAAAAAUCAUUUUUUGGUUACACUUGUCACUGGUUAACUUCUAACAGUUUUGAGCGGACGUCUGUAGCACUGGCUUGUCGAAGGUUUAAAGGAACUCAUUCGUUUGAUCGUGUGACGAAAAUGAUAUGCGACAUAAAUAAGCAAUAUAAAUUACCCGUGGAAAAAAUUGUUUAUACGAUUACUGACAAUGGAUCUAACUUCGUUAAGGCAUUUAAAGAAUUUGGAGUUGAAUUAAGUUGGUACGCAGCUCUCAAGUAAUUGCUCAAGAACAAAUAUACAUUAUUUCUCAAGUAAUUUUGACAGCUGGUUACGCAUUGUGAAUGAUCCACACUAGAAGAGCAAGAGAGAAUAAACAAAGUAAACAAACUUUGUGCGUAUGUAUGUAUGUGUAUGGUAACACAAAUAUUUUCAUUGAGAUUUAAGGAAUGUUGUUGAUGAUUGGUUGGUUUUAUACAACAUUUCAAAAUGGAACAUACUUUAUAAUAAUGAUUUCAACUAAUUUAGGAUGAAUUUGACGAUUACUUCGAAUUUCCUGCAAGAAACAAUUGUUGAUUUGAUGUUUCUUCGCAAAACCAGGUUUGCCAUAUUCACAUUUUAUUGAAAAAAAGUAUUAAAAAUUAGUACUAGGUUUCUUAAGAGCUGCGUACUAGCACAAGUAACUUUAUCGCAGGAACGUUUCUGGACCGUUUCUUAAGCGUUUUUUAUAUGAAGUUUUUACGUUUCUUGAGAGCUGCGUACUAAGCUUUAGGACCUAUAAAAGAAUGUGACAGUGAUGACGGAUCUGACUCUGAUUCCGAUCAAAUGACUCGAUAAUUGCUGUAGGUCCUCAAUUUCGAUCUGUAACUCCACGUCUGCCAAAACACUUUCCUUGUGCGAGCCACACUCUAAAUCUUUUGGCUUCAACCGAUUUCAACAAAAUUUUGAAUUCAUCAAGUCAGGAUAUUAAAGAUAUUCACAAAAGAUCUUUCCAAA